CGUACGCAGUAUAGAGCGACUCGAGAGCUGACUACGGAAUCCAAGAGAUUCUCAUGAAAGUGAAAGAAGAAUCGGCGAAUGAGAGGAAGAGCCGCGAUCGGAGAGUGGUGCAUAGUUCUUCGAUUGACGCCAGACUUGAUGGCACUCCUCAGUGCUCUCCAGAGCGCGCCACGUGUGAGAGAGCAGGUCGUAGGAACAGCGCCAAGGUUCUCUUCUUCUGUGCUCUGAAUUUCUAAUGAACAGCAAGAGAGAGAUUGCUGGGAACUGCCCGAGCGCGAGCACGAGCAGAGCCCCAACCACGAGCCUCCACCCAUCCUCGAUCCAUGAGGCGCAGAUGAUUCUCUAAGUCAAGCUGAAUCGGAAGGAGAGGAAAUUGACGACAUACAUCCAUGCGUGUAUGAUGGGCUAAGAGUUGCAAUCCAAGAGCUGAAGGAGCCAUGGAUGCGCUGAUCGCGAUGGCGGACGCCGGGGCUAAAGAGAGCAGCCGACCUCCUUCGACUAGCCCCCUAGCAGAGCAGGAACAGAUUGCGAGUGUGAGCAUUCUGUUGCAGAUUUUGAUGCUGGGUUUGGCCUUUGUGCUGGGACAUAUUUUGCGUCGUCACAAAUUUUACUACCUGCACGAAGCUAGCGCUUCUCUCCUCAUUGGAAUCUUUGCUGGUGUUAUCGCAAAUAUUUCAAACACAGAAGAGCGUUUCAGGAAAUGGUUCAACUUCCAUGAGGAGUUUUUCUUUCUGUUUCUUCUGCCGCCAAUCAUCUUUCAAUCAGGGUUUAGUCUCCAGCCGAAACCCUUUUUUUCCAACUUUGGAGCAAUCUGCACGUUUGCAGUCCUCGGCACAUUCAUCGCAUCGGUCGUGACAGGAAUAUUGGUGUAUCUAGGAGGAGUUUUCUUCUUAAUGUACAAACUAACAUUCCAAGAAAGCUUGAUUUUCGGUUCUCUCAUCUCAGCGACAGAUCCUGUAACAGUGUUGGGCAUAUUCCAGGAGCUGGGAUCUGAUGUGAAUCUUUAUGCUCUAGUUUUCGGUGAAUCUGUGUUAAAUGAUGCGGUUGCAAUAUCUUUGUAUCGAAGCUUUAUGUCCAUCCGCAAACAUCCUUCUGCACAUCACGAUAUUAUUGCUGGUGGUUGGAACUUCCUUGUAAUCUUUGUGGGAUCUAUGUCGACAGGAGGUGCAGUGGCGCUAAUUUGUGCAUUACUGUUCAAGUAUGCCGGACUUGCUGUCACCAAUUUGGCGAACCUGGAAUGCUGCAUGAUAGUGCUCUUCCCGUAUGCAGCGUACAUGUUGGCAGAGGGUGUGGGUCUUUCUGGCAUUGUCGCUAUUCUAUUUUGUGGAAUUCUUAUGAAACACUACACUUUUUCAAAUCUUUCUGAGAGUGCUCAAACGUUCACCACGGGUUUCUUUCAUUUAAUUUCAUCGCUUGCUGAAACCUUUGUAUUCAUAUAUAUGGGUGUUGACAUUGCAAUCGAAAAGCACAGCUGGUCACAUGUUGGUUUCAUAUUUUUCUCCGUCAUAUUUAUUCUAGUGGCAAGGGCAGCGAAUGUUUUCCCAUCGGCGUACAUCGUGAACUACUUUCGGUCGCAAGAGAAGCAGAUACCUGACACUCACCAAAAAGCUCUUUGGUUUGCUGGUUUACGUGGUGCUAUGGCAUUUGCCCUAGCUUUACAGUCAGUGCAUGACCUCCCUCCAGGUGUUGGCAGAGUUAUAGUCACUACCACGACAGCUAUUGUCGUACUUACAGUUCUGGUCAUUGGCGGUGCUACGUCGACGAUGUUGGAAAAACUUGAUGUUGUCGGAGACAACCAUGAUGGGCCACAAAAUCAUGGAGAAACCUUAGAGGAAGAAAACGAACGGCUGCGUGGGCCGAGUGAUGAGGAUGAUGGCAGUACAAGCCCUACUCAUAACCUCAAAAUGAAGCUUCGCCAAUUUCGGAGAAACACCAAUUUCUCAACCAUCGACAAAAACUUCUUGAAACCUUUUUUUACGGUGGACAAGGAAGAAAAGAUGCUGCCUACGGCUGUAGAGACGGCCAAUGGUUCAACUCAAACCUCAAAUGGUCAGCCUAGAACAACACAUCAUCCUAAUACCUCGACAGAUGAUCGAGACAGAAGACAACCCAGUAGCAAUGUCGGGGUACAGAUUGAUCCUAGGAGUGCGGAAAGAUCCAGACAAACCUCUUCUAACGUUUCUCAAUUUAAGGAUAGUCGUCAAAGAUCGCUUUCACCUCUUGAGAGAACCACCACAAGUCAAGAAGGAAGACCCCCUUACAAAUCACGACCUUCCUUGUAGACGGAGCAUAAUCUAUCUACAUUAGGAAUUGUGAAAGCAUAGUAGCAGUCGAUCAGGGUUUCAGGGUUAUGUAGUUGGUAUCAUUGUUCAUGGAAUGUUGCAAAUCAUCUAGCCACGUGAUGCGUCUCUCGACCAUUGUCGUGUUCAGUCUAUAUGAUUUAUAAGCGAUUCUCCAUCUAUUGUCAACAAUCUCCUCAUCAGUCCUCCAGCACUAGAAUUUACAACGUUUGGUAGCCUAAAAUUUUAAUCAGUUCUACACCUUCGGAUGACUAGAUUUGCCCUGCAUCCCUCAAAAGGCCAUCGUGUAUCCCCGAGUCCGAGAAGAGUUCGCCCAUAGGACCCUGUUUGUUUAUACCGACAAUUCAGAUUAUGAUUUUAUGAACCCUGCUACGGUCGCAUCGAUUUAAUUUCUCGGCAAGGCUGAGAAGGUGACUGGUAACUCGAUUUGUUUCAUCUGGAAAAGAAGUUCAAAAGUUGUACAUCUGUAAAAUAUCGUGGUAACCAUGUUAUUCCAUUGUCAACCUUUGUGCUAAUGAAUGCUUGAACACAUCAAACGUUAGUGGCACUCAACAUGUGAUUGCACGACUUAAUGUUGUCAACUACUUGUGGGCUAAUUGCACCUCUUGACCGAUUUUUAAUGGUCAUAGGAGCUCGGAAGACUCAGGUCAGCUCUUAUACUGACCUGACUCUGGCAACCCCACCAAAAAUGAAGACAGUUGAUUGCACUAAUGUAGAUGUGCAUUAUGUAGUACUC